UUUCGCCCAGUUUGUUAGCUUCUUUGACGCCGUGGAUCGCGCGGACUUCCUACCGAACAGUUCCACGUUCACCUCCAUUCUCUUCUUUGUUCCUUAUGCGUCUUUAGACGAAAAUAAAGUCUCAAAUCCAUAUCAGUUACAGACUUUGAGCCCAGGGGCAUAACCUCGACCGAUCUCUCCUUCCCCAUUUCCCAUCCCAGAGCUCUUCAAGGCAUAAAUCAUGGCUGAAGGAGAGGAUAUUCAGCCACUCGUCUGCGAUAACGGGACUGGAAUGGUCAAGGCUGGAUUUGCUGGAGAUGAUGCUCCAAGGGCUGUCUUCCCUAGCAUUGUUGGUCGUCCUCGUCAUACCGGGGUGAUGGUUGGAAUGGGCCAAAAAGAUGCUUAUGUUGGGGAUGAGGCUCAGUCGAAGCGAGGGAUUUUAACUCUGAAAUACCCAAUUGAGCAUGGAAUUGUAAGCAACUGGGAUGACAUGGAGAAGAUUUGGCAUCACACUUUCUACAAUGAGCUUCGUGUGGCCCCAGAAGAACACCCUGUUCUUCUUACUGAGGCGCCGCUUAACCCCAAGGCUAAUCGUGAAAAGAUGACCCAAAUCAUGUUUGAGACUUUCAAUGCUCCAGCUAUGUAUGUCGCCAUUCAGGCGGUGCUCUCUCUUUAUGCUAGCGGUCGCACAACCGGUAUUGUUCUAGAUUCCGGUGAUGGUGUCAGCCAUACUGUCCCAAUCUACGAGGGCUAUGCUCUCCCUCAUGCCAUUCUUCGUCUAGAUUUAGCUGGUCGUGACUUGACUGAUGCUCUUAUGAAGAUUCUUACCGAGCGUGGCUAUUCAUUCACUACUACAGCUGAGCGUGAAAUCGUUAGGGACAUGAAGGAAAAGCUUGCAUAUAUUGCUCUUGAUUAUGAGCAAGAGCUGGAGACUUCCAAGACCAGCUCAUCUGUGGAGAAGAGUUAUGAACUACCUGAUGGACAGGUGAUCACCAUUGGUGCUGAGCGGUUCCGUUGCCCGGAGGUUCUCUUCCAGCCAUCAAUGAUUGGUAUGGAAGCAGCCGGCAUCCAUGAGACGACUUACAAUUCAAUUAUGAAGUGCGACGUUGACAUCAGGAAGGAUCUUUAUGGAAACAUAGUUCUGAGUGGUGGUUCCACAAUGUUCCCUGGUAUUGCUGAGAGAAUGCACAAGGAGAUCACAGCUUUGGCUCCAAGCAGCAUGAAGAUCAAGGUGGUAGCUCCACCAGAGAGGAAGUACAGUGUUUGGAUUGGAGGUUCUAUUUUAGCAUCUCUUAGUACUUUCCAGCAGAUGUGGAUUGCAAAGGCAGAGUACGAUGAAUCUGGACCAUCCAUUGUACACCGAAAAUGCUUCUAAAGAUGGAAACGGAACCCAACAUCUUCUCAAGAAAAAUAAAAAAGAAUGAAAACAAAUCCCUUCUAUUUUACUUACCAGACGUGAUUGUGAGCGCCACUUCACAGAGAAAGAUAAUUGUUCAGCACGAUGGAUUUAUAUUAUCUCGAUAGUCAGUUGUGCUGUGUUUUUUUUUUUUUAAAGACUGACUUCGUGGAUGCAAUCGAAGCUUUUACUUUUAUUUUUAUUUUUUCCUGUUUGCAGCUGGACUUCUUGAUCUUCGGUGCUUGCCUAUGCAUAAGACAUGAAAGCCUUUAUUUAAUAUUUAUAUUCAUAUUCUGGAAGCAGCUACAUUUUUAUU